CGCUCUCACGUCACCCGUCACACCAACCCAGCUUAGGCCCGGUAUUUCAGUUGUUGGUUAAACCAAGAAAUUAUAGUUAACCAAAAAAAGUUUUGGUUAAGUGUAUUUCAGUGUGGGGUUAAGAUAUUUGACGGUUAAAUUUCUUGGUUACUUUAACCCAGCCCAGCUAGGUGGUUUAACCAUUAUUUUUUUGGUUAACACAUGCGCAGUAGACGCCACUGUCCGCGAAAUUUUGGGAGACAUUUUGAAGACCAGUUUUGACAGUUGUUCUUGUUAUUAAUCACCAUUCUAACCUCGUUUUCUCGUGUACCUCGUGCCUGUUGUUGUGUUUUUUUUCUCUGUUAAGUAUAUAAUAAAAGCUACAGGAUGAACAGUGAACGUGAACGUGUUAGAUCAAAAAAUUUUGAAACACAAGAAAUUUGCCUACUUGUAGAUUUGGUUAGACAAAACAAGAAGGUGAUCGAGUGCAAAGAAACUGGAAUCGUCAAUAAUAAGCAAAAGGGGAUAGCCUGGGAGAAGUUGACAGAAACAUUUAAUGCCAUUUCUGGUACCGUGCCUCGAACGUCCAGGAAUCUAAAAGACAAAUGGACAAAUUUAAAAAAAACCGCAGUUCGCAAUUUUGCCCACGAUAAAAAAUACGCACGAGGCACUGGCGGUGGUCCCUCCAAAGGCCCAACAGAGACGUCAGUAGACGCAACUGUCCGCGAAAUUUUGGGAGACAGAUUGACAGGUUUACCAGCGGUGUGUGAUAAUGAUGUUUUAGAUGUAGAAGAAAUAAGAAACGGAAAUGAAAUUGAGGAUUCAAUUGUCCCAGAGAUUGAAAAUGAAGAGAAUAUGGGGACGUCAAACAGCUUCUUCACAGAAAACAGUGCCUCUUCAUCACAAUUAGUUUUAGAAGAAGACGUAGUUGCACAACCGGGGGAUACGCAGGAAAAUGAAUUAGACUGGUCACAAUACACUCCAAGGAUGUUAAAAAAGCUUCCCUCGAAACCACUACAUGUUUCAAAGAAAGGUAAAAUAAGAGUGGGUGGAAAUAUUACUAAUUACAAAUGGUGUCAGCUUGCCGACGAGAAAAGGAACAACUCAGUUUUCAAAAAAAAGUUACUUGAAGAAGACCACAAGCAAAAACAGGAAAUCCAUGCAAUAAUGAAGAACCAAUUGCAGGAGGAACAUGAGCAAAAACUGCGACAUCGUGAAGAAGAACAUUGUGUAAAAUUGAAAUUAAUGCAGGAGGAGCAUGCAUUAAGGAUGACAUUGUUGAAACAACAAAUCACGUUCUCCGAUGUUGAUAAUAAUCAGUAAAUCAGUGAGAUAUAAUAAAUUAAUUUCAUAUAA